GUGGUGUGCGCGUUCCAUUAUUGCUGUUGCCGUCUUUGGAGGCGGCUCGAGCGGGGGCGGCCCACUAAUUGCCAUGGCUUGAUCCAACUUCCUGUUCCGAAACUAGCCUAGACCGGUUCUAGAUGCUGCUCCUUAAGGCGACUCUCUUCACCUGUACCUCGCUAAUCGUUCUUCAGUCAGGCUGCGUCCAUUCAGCGAAAGAGGAACUUUUAUCAUCAACUGCAUCUCCUUCUUCCAAAACGGCAAAUAGAAGCAACAGAUCAAAGGAGCGACUCAAAGGGCCUCUUUAUCCGGCAACAAAGUUGAUCGUUUCAAGAAAUUCUGCACUUUUUCAACGAGUUUCGCAGCCAAAAGGCGGAUUCAAACCAGUUAAAGGGUGGAAGUUUAGAUUGGAAAGCUCGACUGAAUGGGCGGCCAUCACACCAAAUUCGGGCAUUAUUUACAUUUCUAACCCAAAAGCCCUUCACUCAUACAAACAGGACUCGGAAAACUUGACAGUUUCGGUUUACAAGGCGGCUAACGAGUCCGAGAGUUUUUUGCAUUGGAUUGAAAUUGAGCUGGACAGAAAUGAAACCCAGUGUGGCAACGAUUCCGAAAAUGAAACUCUUUGCGCUGAAUUUUCCACAAGAGAAACAUGCAGAAAGGGCUGCGGCGUGUCAACUUCAUCAUUUUGCUCAUGGCGCAGCGCCCAAAUCGCACUUAAUGCCACUUCUAAUUUUACGCAGAUUUAUGCCACCUGCACCCCCGACAUUGUCUUCUGCCCUAAUAGAGUUUGCGAUGAACUCGAGGAGAUGGAUUUUCAUAUUUGCCCGCAAGACUGCACAGAGUAUGUUUACGGAUCGGGCAUGCUGAAUGAUGGGGAAAGAGGCGAUCGAGGGAUUAAUGCUGCCUCAGGGGUCUGCUUCUGCAACAGUUUUGGCAAAUGCACUUGCUCUAAUGAGAAAAGUUCAGCCGCCUCAUUUCGAAGUCAAAAAUCAGACGUCACUCGCGGCAGUCUGGCGCGCGACAAGCCAAAGGAGAACUCAGCAAGUAGCGGGUGUGAUAGAACUUGCAUGGUUUUCCUCAGUGGGUGCGUAGUUCUCCUUCUUGUAAUCCUGCUUGCAGCAACCGUUUACACUAAAAGACUCGUACAUUUUGCGCGAAUUAUUCUGACGAGAAGAGAGGCUUUGCUGGAGCCAAAGGAGAGUUCUCUGUGCGAGUGGGGCGCCGCGCAAACAAUAGAAAACGCUGGUGCAGGAGCAACCUGUGACGAGCAAGAAACAAAACUGUAUUGUGUCCCCAACGUAAAGUACUUGCCGCUCGAUCCAAAGUGGGAAUUCCCGCGCGAAAGGCUGCACAUUGAAAAGGUGGUGGGUGAGGGCGAGUUUGGCCGAGUCCUGCAAGCAUCUGCUAUCGACCUGCCAGGUGUUCCAGGUCGAACUAUGGUGGCUGUGAAGGCGUUGAAGAAUGGUGCUGGCAGCAAUGAACUCAAUGACCUACUCACAGAAUAUGAGCUACUCAAGGAGGUGUCACAUCCAAAUAUAAUCCGUCUGCUAGGUGCCUGUACGUGUACGGGAGGCCCAAUUUUCAUCAUUAUCGAAUAUGCAGACAGGGGGUCGCUAAGGGGCUAUUUAAGAGGAUGUAGGAGGGGAGGGAGAGAAGCUCUGGAAGCCGAAAGACUCAGUUUGAAAACGUUGAUCUCAUUUGCUUGGCAGAUUAGCAAAGGAAUGGAAUAUCUUAGUGAAAUGAAGAUGGUGCACAGAGAUUUAGCGGCUCGAAACAUAUUGCUGACUUCCAAGGGAGUGUGCAAAGUUUCAGACUUUGGGCUGUCACGAGAUGUGUACGAAGAUGAUACAUAUCUAAAGCAAAGCAGAGGAAAAGUUCCGGUCAAGUGGAUGGCCCUGGAGUCUCUAUCAGAACAAGUCUACACGAGCAAAUCAGACGUGUGGAGCUACGGUGUUUUAAUUUGGGAGCUCCUUACCCUAGGACUGGCGCCGUACCCCGGGAUUGCAAUACAAAGCCUCUUUGAUUUGCUCCGAGCAGGCUACAGAAUGGAAAAUCCAGUGCCAAAUUCUAAUUGCAAAUUGUAUCAUUUGAUGCAAGCCUGCUGGGAAGUACAUCCUGUUCGAAGGCCGAGUUUCAAGCACAUAACCUCAAUUUUGAAUACAAUUCUACAGGAGGGCUCUGAUUACCUGGACAUUACUACAGACAUUGUUAUCAAUCAAGAAUAUAUGCACAUUCAGCCUGAUGGUCUUGAUGUUGAAUGUUAAAAUAUGAUUAUUAUGUUGGUGUCUACUACAGAAAAUGAAAUAAAUGGUCUAUAUGCACCUUUUGGACCAAUUAUAU